GUCAGCUUUGAUUAGGCUUGGGACACGUGACAGGAGAUUGACGGGCCAAUCAGAGCGAGAGGCGAUGCAUAUAAAGCAGGAGCGGAGUAGGGGAUGUGCUGGCAGGAUCGGGCCCAUAGGCAUCCCGCUCCGCAGGAUUCCUACAUGCCAGCAGGGAUGAAGGCGGUGAUGUCACUGGUGGGAAGCCAAGGCAUUGUCUCAGCCACUGAGGUUCUCCUCGUGGCUGUUGUCUUUUGCCUGGUCUUCCUGCUCAUCCAGUCCCUCCAGCAGCACGUGCCCAAGGGGCUGAAGAGCCCCCCAGGACCCCGAGGCUACCCCAUCCUCGGCAACGUGCUGGAGCUGAGGAAGGACCCACACCUGGUCCUGACCAGACUGAGCCAGAAGUAUGGGGAAGUGAUGGAGAUCAAGAUCGGCACCCGUCCCGUCGUGGUGCUGAGUGGGCUGGAGACCAUCAAGCAAGCAUUGGUGAAGCAAGGAGAAGAAUUCAUGGGGCGCCCUGAUCUCCACAGCUUUCAAUACAUUUCAAACGGCCAGAGCCUGGCCUUCAGUCCCGACUCAGGGGAGGUGUGGAAAGCCCGCCGAAAGCUGGCUCAGAACGCCCUCAAGACCUUCUCCAUUGCCCCUAGCCCCAAUUCCUCUUCUACUUGCCUCCUGGAGGAGCAUGUCUCCAAGGAGGCCAACUACCUGGUCACCAAGUUCCUGCAGGUGAUGGAGAAGGAGAAGAGCAUUGACAUUACCCGCUACCUGGUGGUCUCUGUGGCCAACGUCAUCUGUGCCAUGUGCUUUGGGAAGCGCUACGACCACAAUGACCAAGAGCUGCUCAAUAUAGUGAACCUUGGAAAUGAAUUUGGGAUGGUGGCUGCUUCUGGGAACCCGGCUGACUUCAUCCCCGUGCUCCAGUAUCUUCCCAGCCGCGCCAUGCAGGUCUUUAAGGACGUCAACAAGCGUUUAAGCAUCUUUGUGCAAAAAAUUGUCCAGGACCAUUACACCAGCUUUGAUAAGGAGCACAUCCGGGACAUCACGGACUCACUGAUAGAGCACUGCCAGGAGAAUAGCGUAGUGGAGGAAGCCCGCAUCCCAAUCUCCGAUGAGAAGAUCAUCAGCAUCGUUAAUGACCUCUUUGGGGCAGGCUUUGACACUGUGACCACUGCCAUAUCGUGGGGCAUCAUGUAUGCUGCCUUGUACCCUGAGAUCCAGAAGAAGAUCCAGCAAGAACUAGACCAGACCAUUGGCUGGGAGAGGAGACCGAGGCUGUCGGACCGGGGCAUGCUGCCUUACACAGAAGCCUUUAUCCUGGAGACGUUCAGACACUCCUCCUUCCUGCCCUUCACCAUCCCACACAGUACGACAAAAGCAACGACGUUGAAUGGCUAUUACAUCCCCAAGGAUACCUGCGUGUUUGUCAACCAGUGGCAAGUGAACCACGACAAGAAGCUUUGGAAGGAUCCCUCAACCUUCAAUCCCAAGCGAUUCCUCAACGCCACGGGGACUGAAAUAAGCAGGACAGAGAGUGACAAAGUGAUGACUUUCGGCUUGGGGAAGAGGCGAUGCAUCGGAGAGUCCAUUGGGAGGUGGGAGGUCUUUCUCUUCUUGGCUACCAUGCUGCAGCAGCUGGAGUUCAGCCUCCGCCCUGGGGAGAAGGUGGACAUCACUCCUCAGUACGGACUGACGAUGAAAUACAAGAAAUGUGAGUGCUUCCAGAUUAAGAAGCGUAUCCCCACGAAGAGCUCUCCCUAAACCGCCCGAGCAAGCAUUCCUUUGCAGAAGGAAGCCAGUCCUUGCAGUCAGAUACUCAGCCUGCUGUUAUUAAUGCUCUCUAGAAGCCAGCACAGCACCUCACUGUGUUGCUCCACAGGAGGCUUGUUCAUCUCUUGUCUAAAUGCAAGCGGGGAGAGAUACAGCCAGCUUUGUCUGGCUCCUCGCAGCCCCCGCUAAGCCAGCUCCAUUGCCUUUGCCUGCAGAAAAAUUCCCAGAAGUCCAGCCCAUUCAUCCCAUCCAGGAGACCACAGCCCUGUGGUGGGACAGGGGAUGCAGAGAAGUCAUGGCAGUCCCAUCCCUGGAGGUAUUCAAGGUCAGGUUGGAUGAGGCUUUAAGCAACCUGAUCCAGCAGUAGGUGUCCCUACCUGCGGCAGGGAGGUUUGGAAUUGGAUGGGCUUUGAGGUCCCUUCUAGCCCCAACCAUUCAAUGAUUCUAUGCUUUGGGCUGGGAGAAGUGGUGUGGAACAUCAGUAGGGUUGUCCCCACCCUGUCCUCUGGUGCUGUGGGCAGAGCCAGAGUCAUCGUGGGCAACUGGCGUCAUCCACCAAAUGGGAAUAAACCUGUAGGUUCCUCCCUCAGAAUCCUGACCAGCUUUUUUCCCCACGGGG